GUUAGUUUGGCUAUAGAGCCUUGUAAAGCCUUGUUACACGAAAACGAGAGACUAUAUUGAAGAAAAACUCCAAUAAGCCACCUUAACCAAUUCAUGUAUCAGUGAACGUGAUUGGUUCAGAACAGUAGUUCACAGUCUCUUCGGCGUGACAUGAAAACCCAACAUGGCGGACUUGUCUAGGAGUGAAAAUUAAUAUUUUCUUUCCUGCAUAUAAAGUAUGAUCACAGAUUUUUGUAACGCUCUUUGGGACACCCGAAUAGAAAGCGACACGAUUAGCAGCGAUGGUUACGAGGUGUGUAACCUUAUUUCCCGUGAUGGAGCUAAGAAACAGCGCGGGUUUUUGGCAGAACGAUUUGUGAAACCCGUUAUUUCAAUUUUGAUCAGUUUCCCGUUUCCAAUUGACGUGUGUGCCAUAAACGUGAACCCUCAAGUUGGCGGACAGAAGAUCUGUGGGCUAGAAAUCCUAUCGGCAAGUUUAAAAUAUUGUAAUGUACAAAACAAGAAACAAAAUAUAAACGGUGACACUAUAAAAUCUACAUUGAAUUCUGAAGCUGUGACAGCCAAAUCAAAUGACCAUGUUUUUCAUUCAUAUCAACAUGUUUUAAAUGUGAACAAUAUCAAACAAGAAUUCAAUAGUUUUUUCAACCAAAUCUUGAGAACUCAGUUAGCUGAAGGAAAAGUUGGUCAUUUUUUAAAUCCAUGCUUUCGGGAUGCUGUAAAUGCCGACUUUAACAGCAGAAUUACUGGAAGUUCACCAAGUAAUAGUCAAAUCUGCAAUCUGCAACAAGGAAAUCAGCUGCACAACACUUCACAUUUGUGGAUACGAAUAACACAAGUGCACAAAGGAUCCGUUCCAUGUCUUGGUGCUUUGGAGGUUGUAGGCAAACCAGCAAAGAACAACAAUGAGUUUGUGAUGAAUUAUGCUCGAUUCAUAACUUUGAGAUUAAAGCAAGAAAGGGAGAACUGUAAAGGGCUUGUCAAUGCCUCUACUGAAACAAAUUUAUCUGCAAAUAAUGCAUGUAAAUCUGAGCGAGCCACCGAUCCAUGUCAUGAGCCAUCAUUGGUUGAUAACGUACCAUCUGAAUUUGUUGAUCCCAUCACAUUUAAUAUCAUGCCUCUGCCCAUUCUCUUACCCUCUGGUAAUACUAUUGAUAAUUCUACGCUAGAAAAACACAUUGCAAUGGAGAGAAAUUUUGGUCGGCAACCAUGUGAUCCAUUUACAGGCAUACCUCUAGGUUCAAAUGUUGUUCCAAAUGCAGCUCUGAAAUAUAGAAUUGACAACUUUCUGUUGUCAGCUGACAUUAAGGUUGACGAACUUGGUCGUACUGUGGGUUCUUCAUCAGAUUGCAAAAGUACGGCAAGAUUGAAGUUUGAUGCUAUCUUGAAACAAGAUAAGAAUAAGAUCCAACCAGUUGGUAAAAGAAAAGCAUGUCCAAUAAACCUCAAGCAGCCACCUUUGAAGAAGCAAAAUGCAGGUUUGUUCACAUUGUAUUCUGUAUGAGGUGGCCAUGAGCAUUCAUCUAAUUAUUGUCUUUAUAUUUCCAGAGAAUGAUGGUCAUAUUUCUGGCAAACCAAACAGUUUGGAUGAAGCUCUAGAGAAUGUGCUCAGUGUUGGACAAAAACCUACCAACACUCCAAGUGUAAAAGCAUCAUCAUUAGUCCCAUCAUCCUCUCUACAUCACAAUGGUAUUGUAUACAAUAGAUCAUCAUACACAAGUAAUUUGAUAGGUAUACAAGGGGGGGGGGGGGUGGUGGUUGGGCAGUUUGUACUUAAAAGUUGGACAUGCAGAUUGUACUGAAAAAUUGGGCAAUUGCACCCCACCCCCUAUCAAUGUUUUCACAAAUGUUUCACUGCAAUGAACUACUUUUAUGUUUCAGAAUCAGGACCUCGGAACAUACAAUUUACAAAUUCUGGCAACCCAGACAACGAGGGAUGUGUUCAUCAAGAACAAACGGACACACUUUUUCGCCUACCUUGUCAACAUGUUAUCUGCCGUCAGUGCCUGACAUGCGCAGUUCAAAUGAAACAAUGUCUUCAAUGUCAAGUAAACUUUGAGAAGAAAGAUGUUGUUCGAGUUCAUUGCAGAAGAACGCUUCAAAUUGAGACAGUCUGAGCCCCGGUUGGGAUAAAUGAAUCGAUAUACUUCAAUAUAUUGUGGGCUCAGGGCCUGAAACCGUCGAACAUCAGACAUAUUCUUGCAGUACUUAAAAUAGCAAAUCUGGUCCAAUAUGAUCACCUUACAAUUAUUAAAUUUAAAUGCAUUCUAUAACUAAACUAUAUUGUAAAAUGAAAUCGAAAAAAAACACACCUCCAACCAAGUAGGAAAAAUUCUUUGGGGGGGAGGGCAGGUUGCCAGCACACUCUCAAUACCUG